UAGUUCUUCCCGGAUCCGUGGACCAAACGUUUUUGUGAGUGCCUAGCAAUCGCUGGGCUGGAUGAGUCAUCGUGGACGAUACUGACUAAGAUUGCUUAUUCUUCACAUGUUGCAAGCACAUCUGCGAAGAUCAUCGGUCCUUUGAAAAUUGACAACCCCUGUGCCGUUCUGGUGCUGUAGGUCCUCAGGGGAUUCUAUAUUCAGACCCAGCAUCAAUAUGGCAGGAAAACCAGAGAAGAGGAGGCUGAGGCCAGGCCUAGCGCCGAUCCGAGUCGAGACCACACAGACAGACAAUUCCAGGCCGCCGGGCGAUUUGGACAACAAGGCUAUCCUUAGCAUCAGUGGCAAGGGCGACUUUGUGGUCAAAGCGGAAGACCUGAGGGACAUUGCCGAGUUGGGGAAGGGUGCGUACGGCGUGGUCAGCAAAGUCAUCCAUGUACCCAGUAGCACAACGAUGGCCGUGAAGAGAAUACGAGCCCAGGUCAACAAGCUGGAAGACAAACGGAUCCUGAUGGACAUGGACGUAGCCAUGAGGAGUUGGGGCUGCCCCUGGACGGUGGAGUUUUAUGGAGCAUUAUUCCAGGAGGGGGAUGUCCUGAUAUGCAUGGAGGUGAUGGACACCUGUUUGGGGAAGUUCCAGACCAAGAUCAAAGCCAUGGACACCUUCAUACCAGAGAACAUUCUCAGCAGAAUAGCAUUCUCGAUUGUCAAUGCUCUGCAUUAUCUCCAGAAAGAGUUGAAGGUCAUGCAUCGAGACGUCAAACCUUCCAACGUGUUAGUCAAUCGUAAUGGCAUGAUCAAGAUGUGUGACUUUGGUAUCAGCGGCCGGCUGGUCGACUCCGUUGCCAAGACGAUUGAGGCUGGCAGUAAACCGUACAUGGCGCCGGAGAGAAUAGAUCCAGAAAUCACUGGCAAUGCAAAAGGGUAUGACGUCAAGUCGGAUGUCUGGAGUCUAGGAAUAACCAUGUUUGAGCUAACAACAAACGAGUUCCCCUAUGAAAAGUGGGGCACGCCCUUCGCCCAGCUAAAGCAGGUGGUAAAGGAGCCCUCGCCGAAGCUCCCUGAGGGGAAAUUCUCACCGGAGUUGGAAGACUUUGUCGAUCAGUGCCUAAAGAAGAAUUGUUCAGAGAGACCAACAUACACAAGACUACUGAGGCACUCUUUCAUUACGAACCACGACGGGGUCAACGAGACAGACGUGGCAACAUUUGUCACAGGAGUAUUGGGUGCCACACCGACGAGUGACGCCACCGUCUCUUAAGGACGUCCGUCGGUCACAGCGUACACAUCCUGAAUAUGCACAAGAAGUCGGAGAGUCCCGUCUGUCAGCAGUAUUUAUAUAAACUUACUUCCAAACAAAGCAGGGGUUGCCAGAGUGUCGUUUUUUUGUGUUACGGUGUAUCUCCGAAAAGUUCCAGCGGGAGAUGCUUUGGAAUGCUUGGCAUCAGAGCAUUCAGUCUGGGCUGUUUUCUCCCGCGUGUAAUCAAUGUUGCAGUUGAAUGCAUUUCCACAGAUGUGAGUAUAACAAAAAUACUCCAGCGACAGUGUGAUUACAAAUAAGUAGAAAUGUCACGGCAUUGUUUGUCGGGACAUCUUUUGAGCCUGCGCACUUCUUCAGUUAGGAUCAGCCUACUACUUAUCAUUAAAAUCUGAUAGCGUCUCGUUUGUGGAGGAGCGGCUGCAUCCGGCCAUGAACAUCCGUCUUCUCUCAAUGAAGUCGCCCCUUUAUUUUUUUUUUUCCCCCCACUCUUGGAAGUUUCAAUAUGCUGCAGGAACCGCUGGAGGUUAUGUACAAGAGUUCCAUUAACUUUUAUGUCACUAAUGAGUUGCUUUGUUUUACCAGCUGAAAGGUUGUUUGCUACGUGUCACGAUAUGUAGUCUUCUAUACGUUCUAGUGUUUAGCCUGUAUGUGUAUGCCCCAGUCAGGGUGCUAUUUUUCAACAUGGGUAUGUUUUACCGCCAGGUGAAUGCUUCAGGUUUGUCACAACUUCAGUCUCCAAAUUUGUGGAGGUUGAAAUCAAGAUGAAGUCAUCUUGCAUUUCUCAGACUAACGUAGCUUUCGAGUGUAUUAUAAAUAUAUCAGUACCUUCUACUUCUGAGACAUUUCCAGUGAUGUAGACUUUUCCUGUUUUUCCCGCCAGAGUCGCCAAGCAUUAGAAAACUGUUCACUGUGUAUAAAUUUAGUUGUACAAAAACAGAAACAAAGGAAUGAGCUAGUAUUUUCGUACAGACGAACAAAAGAGGCACUACUGAAGCAAAAGCACGUAUUUAUUUAGUUUUAAAUGUAAAUUUCAAAUAGCUCUUAGUAGUAGUAUAGGAAAACGUCUAACAUCCCAAGGUUUUUUUGUCCAAGAGAGGUUUUUUUUCCCUCUAUGGUAAAAGAACUUUGUAGAAAUUGCACUUAGCAAAACGGAUUGACUGUAAACCAUUUCUGACACAUUUUUUUUGAUGGCAGUGAAUUUUUUAUGGUAGAAUGUCCAAAACCAAAUACAUAGCCACAAGGCAGUCGGCACACGAACACGACCCCAAAUUGUCUUUCAAGGUUUCCAGAUGCCAGUUUUUCCUGGUACAUUUACCCAAGUGGCUUAGUUGAAAUACUGGUGCUCAAAAUCAUAAGCACCAGCCUAAUUUCAAGUAUAAAUCCCAUGUUUACCCAACCCCCACCCCCCCCAAAAAACGGACUAAUGUGGCGAGUUCCAGAUGAUUUUGUGACUUAUAAAUCAUUUACCAGUAUAAAAAUUGUUGUUACAGUGCACAUUUCAGCCCAAGAUCCCUGUGCACAUCCUUUCAUUUUUUAUUUUAGGUAACCUACAAUCGUGUGAACAAACUGUAUUUAACUGGGCCAUUUUUAAGCCUAUUUAUUUUACAUCAGGAGCAGCUUUUAGAAUUGCCACAAGAAUCGUCUUUGCCCGCAUUAUCAUUGGUUUCACAGCUGAGUGAUUGCGAGCCUGUUCUGGCUUGGUUUAGGAGCAAC